AUGCCAAAAGAUGAGCAGAGUCGAAGACGAUGUGGGCACAACAAUGAGAGUCUCCACAACGGAGCUAACAUCCAACAUUACCACGUGCCAACUUCCCACAACCAUAGAAGUUAUCGGUCGACGAGUCCGGCUGCUGUCAAGAAGAGAUCAAUGCAGCUGCUGCAGCGAUUGAAGUGUGUGCAUGAUGAACUGACUCACGAGCGACUACGUAACGAUCUGUCAGCAAAAGUUGCAAGGAUCACUGCGACAUGGUCAACUGCAGAAGCAGAUAUAUCAUCGAAGACUUGCCAAUCGACCAGUUUUGAAACGGCUUCGAAGAUCUUUCUGCUCGAAUGGUCGACGAUCAAGGCGAUUCCAUGUUACUCUGUUACUCAAGCUGAAGAUGUACUUCAGCAUUCCACGUUUGAUCAUCAGUCGACGAGUUUGGAUCCUGUCAAGAAGAGAUCAAUGCUGCUGCAGCAGUGAUCGAAGAGUGCGACAAACUGACUCACGAACGACUAAGGAACGAUCUGUCAGCAAAAGUGGUCAGAAAUCUACAUAGUUGCAUAAAAAUAGCAGAAGAUUUUGUAUCACCAGAACAUUUAGCUCAUUGUCUCAUGUUGACGCACGAGUUUUGCCAACUGUCGGACACACAUACUAAUCACGAAGACAAAUUACAGGUCAAGAACAUUAUAUACCAUUCGGUGAAGGACUCGGUUGGAGUAUUACUGAGCAAAUGAUAGCGGCAUCGCGACGGAUACCGAUCCUCACGUAAUCGCUUUAAUCCUUUAAUGCAGACGGUUCUAAAACUUGUUUAACUGGUAUACCUUCCAUCACUACAGACGUACUGUACUGUUUAUUCUUAAUACAAUACUCAUGUCCGUUUGUACUGUAUGUAUAUAGCGCUGUUGACUGCUGUUUCUCGACUUUGCCGGUUGUAUGUACGAUAUUACAUGGUGAAUACAUAUUGU